CCUGCGCCGGUGGCGGCCGAUGACGGUUUUGGUCUUGGUGGUCUUGGGAGCCUCGUACUCCCGUUUCUUCUUCCUCUCGCACGCGGUCGCUGCAUAUUCUCCCACACCCCAAUUUCUGCAUCUUCGUGUCCUCCGAUCGCACCCAACUUCAGCAAGUUAAAGCCGUGCGUUGUCUCUACCCUACGGCCACAAACAGAGGCCUCGUCACCGGAGGGAGGCGGUGAGAUCUCCCGGCGGCAUGUCGUUGGAUUCGGACUCCUCUUCGCAGGGCGGCGACCGCCGGAGCUUCCGGCAGAUCACACGAGACCGAUUAUUAUUUGAAAUGCUCAGGUCGACUAGGAAGGAUUCAAAAUCAGCAUGGAAGGUUCUUAUCAUGGAUAAGUUUACGGUCAAGAUAAUGUCCUACUCAUGUAAGAUGGCAGACAUCACAGAAGAAGGGGUUUCAUUGGUUGAAGAUCUAUACAAACGGAGACAGCCAUUGCCUUCACUGGAUGCUAUAUAUUUCAUCCAACCAACUAAAGAAAAUGUUGUUAUGUUCCUCUCUGACAUGUCAGGAAGAAGCCCGUUAUACAAGAAGGCGUAUGUGUUUUUCAGUUCUCCCAUACAGAAAGACUUAGUUGCUCAAAUAAAAAGGGAUUCAAGUAUAUUACCUCGUAUUGGUGCACUUAGUGAGAUGAAUUUGGAGUACUUCCCUAUUGAUUCCCAGGGUUUCAUAACUGACCAUGAAAGGGCAUUGGAAGAGCUUUUCUGUGAGAGUGCAGAGGGCUUCAACAAAUACAAUGCUUGUUUAAAUGCAAUGGCUACUCGUAUAUCUACAGUAUUUGCAUCAAUGAGGGAAUUUCCCCGUGUGCACUACCGCAUUGCCAAGACCAUUGAUGCUUCUACAAUGACAACACUAAGGGACAUGGUGCCCACAAAGAUUGCUGCUGGUGUAUGGAAUUACCUUUCCAAAUAUAAAACGUCAAUUCCUGAAUUCCCGCAGACAGAAACUUGUGAACUUCUCAUAGUAGACCGUUCAGUAGAUCAGAUCGCACCAAUAAUUCAUGAAUGGACUUAUGAUGCCAUGUGCCAUGAUCUGCUAUGCAUGGAUGGUAACAAGUACAUACAUGAGGUUUCAAGUAAAAACGGUUCAGCCUCAGAAAAAAAGGAGGUCCUGUUAGAGGACCAUGAUCCAGUUUGGCUUGAACUUCGACAUUCCCAUAUAGCAGAUGCAAGUGAAAGACUUCAUGAUAAGAUGACACAUUUUGUCUCGAAGAACAAAGCUGCCCAACUACAGCAAGCAAGAACUGGAGGAGAGCUAUCAACUAGAGACCUACAAAAAAUGGUUCAAGCUCUUCCACAGUACACUGAUCAAAUUGACAAGCUUUCGCUGCAUGUCGAGGUUGGUUGUUAUGUUGUCCGUGAUGGUUCAAAGUUUUUGGCAGGAUUAUCUGCUGAUGACAUGAUCGCUGUGAAUAAUAUGCGCUGCUUAUGCACUGACACAAAAAAGUCCUCAGGAGGAGGUUUUACACUGAAAUUUGAUGUUCAGAAGAAAAAACAUGCACAUAGAAAAGAGCGAACAACGGAACAAUCAGCAUGGGCACUGUCCCGAUUUUAUCCGGUUCUGGAGGAAUUGAUUGAGCAGCUCAGCAAGGGUGAAUUACCAAAAGAUGAAUAUAACUGCAUGAACGACCCUAGUCCCAGUUUCCAUGUAGGACCUACCACUACCAGUACCUCAGCCCGCACAAGCCCAGCUCACUCGAUGAGAUCUAGGAGGACUGGUGGAUCAUGGGCUAGGCCUCGUGGUUCUGAUGAUGGUUAUUCAAGUGAUUCUGUAUUGAAGCAUGCAUCGAGUGAUUUCCAAAAGCAUGGCCAGCGUAUAUUUGUUUUUGUCAUUGGUGGUGCUACUCGAUCAGAGUUACGUGCUGCACACAAGCUUUCAUCGAAGCUGAAGCGUGAGGUCAUCCUUGGUUCGUCCAGCCUUGAUGAUCCACCCCAGUUCAUCACAAAACUGAAGAUGAUGUCCGCCGAAGAGCUAACACUGGACGAUCUUCACAUAUAAAAAACAUUAUGCACAUGUACUUCAGGGCUCCAUCGGGAAUUCUCCUUUAUUUUGGUAUUUUCUUUGUGAUCGUUUGGUUUGUUACACACUAGUUGCAUCAAAACCACAGGCUAUCAAUACGUUAAGCUGCAUAAUAUUCAUUCUGUAAGGAGCGACUUCCCAAAACCCGCUACUCAUAAUUGAAUGAAUGUACAUAACAGUCGCCAGAAACUGUAACUAUGUGAGUUUUAUUUAUUUGGCUGACGGUUCAUUUUUCUCUCUA